GGCGGCGGCAUGGAGGCGGCGGAGGAACCCGGGGCGGAGGAGCGAGAGGGGAGCGGGGAUAACGACGUCCCCGAGAGCGACGCGCUGAGCGCGGGGAGCGAGGAGUCCGAGGGCCCGGCGGAGCCUCCGGAGCCCGAAGGAACCGCGCCGGGCACAGGGGAGGAGGAGAGCGGCGCGGAGGAAUCCAACGCCGGCGGGGAGCCGGAACCCACGGCCGGCGGCGAAGCCCAGGAGGCGGAGGAGACGGAGCGCGCGGCGCUGCUGGCCGAGUACCGGGCGCUGGAGGCCGAGCGGCAGCGCCUGCACCAGGCGGACGGCCGCCUGCAGCUCCUGCUGGGAGACGCGCUGCGGCCGCAGCGGGGCGAGCGGCGUGCGGACGAGGCGGGCGGGCAGGAGCUGUUCGCCCGGCGGCUGCGGGAGCUGCAAGAGCUGUGGCGGCGGCGGGAGCGGGAGGCCGAGAGCUGGCAGAGGCGGGUGGACGCCCGGCGGAGGGACCGCGCGGAGAGCGAGGCCAGGGCCAGUGCCGCUUGGGCCGCCUUCCAGGCGCGGAAGAAGGCCGUGGCCGUGCAGACCCUCUCGCGGCGGCGGGGCGGCAGGGAGGCGGCGCUCAGGGCGGUGGGCGACAUCCAGGCCCGGGAGCAGGACAAGGAGAUCUCCGUGCGAGAGGCCCGGCUGGAAAACAUCAAGGUGAAGCUUGAGGUCCGAAACCUGGAGAGCGUCCUGAGAGCCCACGGAGAAACGCUGAAAGGCCGCCACUUCGCUGAGAUCAGUCACAUGAAGAAAGAGAACCAGAAGCUCAACGAAAAGCUGGACGGCCUCAACGACGAGGUCCUGAAGCUGAAAAAGAAGGUCGCUAAUGCAGAACGGAUCCUCGGCCACGUCAGGGAGAAACUGCAGUUUGUGGAAGCUGAGAACCGAGGCCGGAAGGCUGAGCUGAGAGACGUCAUGAGCAUCCUGCUGCAGAAGAGGGACGCCCUGAGCAAGAGCAAGCAGGUCAGAGACAGGCUGAGGGCACGCAACGUGAAACUGCAGCAGCAACGCGGGCUGCUUGGAGAGGAGAUGCUGCUGCGGGACUUUGAGGAGAAAGUGAAUGCCGUGGAGUUGUUACAACAGCAGCUGCAAGUGCUGAAACGUCACCACGCCGAACUGAUCCUCAAACAGAGGGAAAUUCAGGAAAAGAUGAGGGAAGCCAAUUCAUUUCUACCUUGAGGAUGAAAAUAAAGCACUGAAAAGAUACAAACUACAGAGUUGUCCGUACCGCUCAUUUCUUAACACGCUUCUUUUUGAGGAAGGUAUUACAUGUGUGCUCCUGGAAAAGACUUCUGUAUGAUGUAUCAGUGUGAUGCAUUAGGAGAUCACUGUACCCAUUUCUGAAUGAAGCCACCUACAUGUACCUCCUAUUUAAAGCAGUGCACAAGAGCACAGCCCAAAGCCUACACUUCUGGAAAACCAUCUCAAACGCUGAGUCCUGCGAGGCCAUGGCAGUGUUGUUUAAGCAGAGCACCCAGAGCUCUAAUUCAUACCUUGAUCCUGGCAACCUCCUUCCCGGUUCUUACAAUUCAGUAACAACUUCAUCUGUACAACCACCACCUGUGCCUUCCAGACAGGUCCUAGGAGAUAAGAAUUAACUCUAGGGGUUAAGGUUCAUAGAUGUGGCUGAGGGCUGAGGAGGAACAAGAGGUAUUCACAGCAAACCCGACUUGCAUACAGCCAACUUACUACAGAAGCUCAAUCCCUCACUCAUUCUGUCAACAGAACUGGCUGCAAGAUCUGUUUUGUUGGUGUACAAGACAAAAGGUUUACUACUUCAAAUACAUAUGUUAAACUUCUCAUCCCAAUCUAGAGCUUUAAUACUUUUGUCUUUUAGCAGGCUCUACGUGGUGUGUGAUGAGGUACAGAGUAGCAUCAGCCCACCACAGCUUCAGCCCCUUUGCACUGUUCAAGGACAGUGUGUGAGAAUUCUCGAACACAGAAAAAAGGGGGGAGGGAGGAAUUGUUACAAGGGAUAAUCAUACAGCUCAGCUUCACCAGACAGGAAGCAGCUUCCACUUUCAAAACAACGUAUUCUUCAAAUUCCCACACAGCUCACAGAAAAAGAGGCAAUGUGACAGAUCUACACCCACAGCUCUCAAUGCUGCUAGAGUAGCAUCAUUGCUGACAAAGGCAUGGGAUGCUGAUGUCAUGAUACAGAAACAAUUGUGUCCUACUAAGUGCAAUGUAUCUCCAGUAGCUCACAACCUCUAUUCAUGAAAACAGACUGCACAAGCAAUAACUUCACAACAUACCAGUAAAUGCACCUCUGGCUGCUGCUGGACUGUGAAAACAGACAAGUGCCAACCACUUAUGCUUAUCAUGGACCAAGACAUUGUAAGUCAGGACUUCCACCACGACCCAUGUAACCAGAUGUGAGAUUUUCUCUCGAUCCAAGAGUGGUUUCUGCACAGUCGAGAGAGAGGCCUUCUGUUUUCAUAGAAUCAUAGAAUCACUAAGGUUGGAAAAGACCUAAAAGAUCACCCAGUCCAACCGUUCACCCAUUCCCAAUAGCUCCUACUAAACCAUGUCCCUCAACGCAACAUCCAGUCUUUCCUUGAACACCCCCAGGCUCGGUGAUUCCACCACCUCCCUGGGAGGUUUUAAAUAAAUAGCAGUGGAUGAUGAGCAGCAGAGAGGCUGCCAGACAAAAACGAUGCGUGCAUGAAGCAAACGUGUCACUGAAUUUCUCCACGUGGAAAAAAAUGGCACCCACUGACAUUCAUCCACACUCGCUGAACAUUUCUGGAGACCAAACAGCAGAAGAAGAUACUUGAACUUUCAGUUUCUCAAUUGCACUGACAGCAGGUGAGUAAGGUAACUUUACAUGACUUUAUUUAAUAAAACCAUAUAUUUACAGUUGAAAAAGUUCCAGUUUGAUACACAUAUCUAAACAAAACCAACAGAUAACUACAUAAAAACAAUUUAAACAUGAUGUACAAAGGAUGUAUCAACAGUUCUCUACGUGUCUAGUUUUUAAAACAUUCAAAAAUGAGCUGUUAGAAGGUACCUUUCUGAAAGAAACUGAAUUUCUGAAUGAAACAUGUUGAUGACUGAUUGCUGACGGCAGUUGCAAAACAGCUUUGCAAUAAAGUGCGGGUUGUACAAAAUUCCAAACCUGGUGGCAAUGUUCUGGUUUCUCUGGUCUGCUGUAUGUACUGAGACAGUGGCAAACCUGCGGUGUAUUGCAGCUUUUUUUUUUCCUUAAACCCGUGGAAAAAAAAAGGUCUGCUGAGAUGGGGACACUUCAAUGAGAGAACACCUCAUGCACCAUGUUACAGAUACCCUUGAGCACCUGAACAGUAACGUUAUCAGAAUUUGUUAUGCAAUCCCUGAAUUGAUUACAGAACCUUCCUUAAUAAUGAAGAGAUUUGGUACGCCGCAAGAAACUUAGGAAGCUUGGUGGCAAGUUAUUCUAAACCACUACGACUCAUCUCUGUUCAUAUCAAAAUUCAAGUGUUAUCUUCAAAUCAAGUUACUGAGAAGUUGGAACAAUUGCAUCUUUAGGCAGGUCAUUGUUUUUCCAAAUGCAUUUUGUUUGAAAAUAAACUGUGCAAAGCUCCUCCUUAUUGCAUUGCUUUUCUUCAUUAAAGAACAUACCUUAUAUACACAAAGAAAUCAUCUAGAAAAUAUAUACAUCUCCUAAGAACAGAAAGAUUGAAUCACAGACCAAAAUAAUUACAUUUGCAAGUUACAAACAGUGCACAAGUGUUGCAGCAGGCCUUUUCUCACAACUAUGCCUAUUUUCACUGUUACAUUCAACAUGUUUUUGAGAAGAAAACAGGCUGCAGAUGGCUGAGACAAACACCCAGUGGCUCAAGAACGCAUUCCAACCAGACAGGUGAGCCACACUGACAACUUGCUUUGAACAGAAAUAUGCACCCAGUUACAACGCAGACUAAACUCACAAAGCCAGCUAUGGUACCACCCACAAAGUAUAGCAGGGAGAGUUGUCUGUGUGUUUAAUAAAUCAUUUAAAAGCUUAGUGCAAAUGUUGCAGAUGUUAGGCCUCUCAUGCCCGUCAUGAAAAGGCAGAUUUGCUAUUGUACUAGAAAAAGUACUUACUGACCUUCCAGCUUUCUAUUGCACUUCAAAGCAACGUGGCAUACAAGUACCAGUCUAUACAGAUACACAACUCCUGGGAGAAUUAGUAUGUUCUCAAUGUCAGCAUCCCGAUGUCUGUUUUCAGUAAGCAAUGACCUAAAGAAGUCUUCUGGAGAAAUUCAGGUGGGCAACCAAAAAAACCACAUCUAUUAUGCCAGGUACACAAAGUGGACAGGAAAAAAGGCCAAUGAGGUAACAGACUUCUAAGCUGCAUCUGCAUUACAUAUAUUCCAAAGUGAUUAUGAGUCUCAAAAGACUUACCAAGAAAUCUUCCUUUCCCUCUUUUUAAAAUUACAGUCAAAGUAUCACUUGUAGAAACAGUGUCUGUAAUAAAUUGAUUGUGUCCCACAGCCCUUACACUGUAUGCUGAGUUGAGCAGUGUGCAACUAUUAUUAUCUUUUUUUUUUU